CCAGUGUUAUACCGACACUCGCUGCGGUGGGUUCUAUUACCAUCGUAUUUUUAUUUAUAGUAAUAAAAAAAAAAUAUAUAAAAAAAAUAACUAUACAUUUACUGAAAUAAAAUAAAUACACACGUGAUAGUAACAAGUGGUAAAAAGAAAAGUGAAAAUUCCUUUGGAUUUCCUUUUUGCCUUAAACAAUUUUCAAAAUAAUCUUCGAUCAGGAUUGCCGUAGCUGAUUUGUUGGAGGACCUUUUUUUAAGUACCAAAAUGGCGACCUCCGUCCUCCAGCCCGAAGAACGCCGAAUGGAGCACAAACCCAAACCAGACGCGCCGAGGCUUACCGAUGACGAAAGAACCGCCAUAUUGGAAAACAACGAGCGGGAAACGGGAGAUCUCCCCAUGGAAUUAAGGGAAAGGGCCAGAGUCGACAUACGGGAGGAGGCGGCGCUGAGAGAGCAGGCCCUUUCGCAAAUGAGACACUUUAUUGAGAAACAUCCAGCUAUCAAGAAAUGCAGAACCGAUACGCCUUUCUUGCUCCGGUUUCUUCGCACAAAGAAGUACUCCAUCCCACAAGCGUGCUCCAUGCUGGAACGGUACCUCACCAUUCGGCAAAUGUAUCCGCAGUGGUUCCAGAAACUAGACCCUCUGGACCCCAAGAUAGCUGCGGUCAUUGAUGCCGGCUACUUGGUGCCGCUGACCAAACGGGACUCGGAAGGACGGCGGGUCGUCUUAUCAUGCAUGGGUCGUUUCGACCCCCACCUGUACGACAGCUGCGUGAUGGCGCGCGUGCACUCGAUGAUCGUGGAGCUAUUACUGGACGAGCCGCGCUCGCAGCUGCUCGGCUACACGCAUGUCAAUGACGAGGCCGGCAUGCAGAUGCCGCAUGUUAGUCUAUGGUCGCUGACGGAUGUCCGCAUCAUGCUCAAUUGUAUACAGAAUUCCACUCCUAUGCGUCACAAGCGCACUCACUUCGUGAACAUACCACACUAUGGGAUCAAAUUCUUCGAGUUCGCCAUAUCGUUACUCAGCGACAAAUUAAAGGAUCGAGUUUCGUUUCAUCGUACAUCAGAAGACUUAAUCAAGUAUGUUGAUCCUGCAAUUUUGCCGAAAGAAUAUGGUGGCACAGUUCCUUUGAAGGACAUGAUCGAAGAUCUAAAACGGAAACUUUUAAAACAUAGAGAGGAUUUAUUGUCUUUAGAUGACAUGUGUGUGGAUUUGUAUGCGCUUGAAAAAAAUGAUUUAACCCAAGAUAUUCAUUCAACUGCAGGAUCAUUCAGGAAAUUGGAACUGGAUUAAAUUAAGUUAUCGAUAGUUAGAAGUAAUUUAAAAAUAGUUUAAUUUUAAUACUCGAGACAACUAUGACAUUUUAAAAUUAAUAAACAAUUUCUUCAUCAUUUCAAUUUGAUAAACUGUUAAUUUUUUUUUAUAUUUCGACGUGAUGAUAUUAACCGAUUCCCAUUAUAGGUUUGCUUAUGCGAUCUCAUGAUACUUAAAAAAUGUGAAAGGUAAUGAAAUAUAAUUUGGGUUAUAAUUAGAACCUACAUAGUAUAGAAUCUAAACAUACUUUGUAUAAUAAUUAAUGUUUUAUUUUGUAGCUCUGUACAGAAAUUAGAGUAGUGGCAGCCGUCGGUGGAGUCACGUUACCAUUCUUUAACGGAUGAAUGUGUCAUUGUAAGAGUAAAUUACAAUGAUUUCUUAGAGAAUUUAUUAGCAAGUCUAUUAGGUGAAAAGAAACGGCAUGACAACCUGACUGCUGCUUAAAUUAUAUACUUAUUAUGUUCUGCUUCUUGUUAACUUUCUAAGCAGUGUUAAACUACUUAUCUGGAUCUAUUAAUCUUAAUAAGUAGUUUCUUUUACUUUAUUAGGUGAUAAAUAGAUGUAAUUAAGAUUAUUUUUAAAAUAAAAUAUUGAGAAAUA